ACUGGCAGGAAGUCUGAGACAGUCACAUGCAGCAGCAGCGAUGGCAGCGACGCAGCGCCGCAUCGUCCUGCUCACCUCCAUGCUGGCUCUCGCCAUCCCUGUUUCUCUGGCCUUCAACAUUGACAUGACAAACCCUGAUGUCUAUUCUGGGGAUCAGAAGGAUUUCUUUGGAUACAAAGUGCUUCAGUUCAUGUCUGGCACCAACAAAGGGAUCAUGGUUUCUGCUCCGCUCCGCCUCAAUGGAUCUGGAGGAAUAUGUAAACCAAACCCAAACCACCAAAACCAGAGCUUCCAGUGCUUCAGCCCUCCAGAUAUUUCUGUGACAGACACAAUGAUACCAGUCAAGCUCUUCGGCCUGGCGGUAGCCGGAGAUUCCAAACGCUCCAGAUUCACUGUUUGCAGUCCGAGUGUCGUCCAUGAAUGUAACGGGAACUCGUACGUCAACAGCGUUUGCUACGAUAUCACAGAUGAUCUUCAGCCGAUCGAUGAGUUCAAGCCUGGUUUCCAAGAAUGCACAAAAAAGACGGUGAACCUAGUCUUUCUGUUUGAUGGAUCAGGGAGUAUGACUGAAGCAGAGUUCAACAAAAACAAAGAUUUUAUAGUGGAAAUAAUGAGCAGCCUGAAGAACUCAUCAAUCAAGUUUGCAGCAGUUCAGUUCGCCUCAGUUCCCAGGAAGGUUUUUGACUUCAAUGACUACGAAGCUGGUCGAGAUCUCCAAAAACUCAAGAAAGAACCCCAUAUGAAGUCUCUCACUAACACACACAAAGCGCUAACAUUUGUGUUGGAGAACAUCCUUGAGAACCCAGCUGCAGGCGCCUCUCCUGAUGCAACUAAAGUUGUGGUCGUCAUCACUGAUGGAGAUCCCAGCGACAAAGACAGAAAUGGGAUUAUCGCCACAUAUGAUCAGAAAAGCAUAAUUCGCUUUGUCAUUGGGGUCAAAGAUGCUAAGCUGGAUAAAUUCAGAGCCAUUGCUUCAGAUCCAAAAGACAAAAAUGCCUUCAAGAUUCAGAACUACGACGGACUCACGGGAGUACUGGGGAACUUCCAAAACAAGAUCUUUAAAAUGGAAGGCUCCAAAGUGGCUCUGGCAGGAAACCUGACCAAUGAAUUGUCUCAAAGUGGAUUCAGUGCUGUCGUCUACGAUGAUAACCUGAUUGUGGGUUCAGUGGGAUCAAACAGCUGGACUGGUUCUCUCCUGAACCGUCAAGAAAAAAAAGAAACACAGAUUCAAGAUCCAGACAUGGAGAUGGACUCCUACAUGGGAUACUCGAUCUCUGUUGGAGAGAAGAAUGGAGCUCCUCUAUAUUUCACUGGUGCACCAAGAUUCAAACACACUGGACGGGUCGUACUCUUCAGAAAAGAGGCCAAGAACUGGACCGUGAGCCAAAGAAUAGACGGGGAACAGAUUGGAUCCUACUUCGGAGCAGAGUUGUGUUCCGUAGACGUGAACUCAGACGGGAACACGGACUUCCUGCUGGUGGGAGCGCCGCUGUUCUACCAGCCGCAGGAGAAGAAAGAAGGCCAGAUCUACGUCUACAGGCUGACGGAGGAGAUGCAGCUGAAGAGAGACAUGAAUGUGACGGCAGCGUCCAUGGGAAGGUUCGGCAGCAGCAUCUCCAGCGUUGCCGACCUGAACGGAGACGGACUGAGAGACGUUGCUGUUGGAGCUCCGCUGGAGGACGACAACAGAGGCUGUGUUUACAUCUACCUGGGAGACAAACACAGGGGCGUACGCCCCACCUACAACCAGAGGAUCAUGGGUCAGAACAUCCAUCCGGGCCUGAGGUUCUUUGGCCAGUCCAUUGAUGGGGACAUUGACCUGGGAGAGGACGGACUCCCGGACCUCGUGGUCGGAUCACAAGGCACUGCUGUUGUCCUCAGGUCCAGGCCUGUCUUUGAUGUCAGGACACGUCUGUCUUUUUCUACUCAGGAGAUCAGCACUGAUAAGAUAGCGUGUCCCAGCAGCACAGAUGAGACGUUCCCAAUGGGGAACUUAACAGCCUGCUUUGAAAUGGUAGAAACAACAAAGAGCAAAGCAGCGGCGAUGAGCUCUGGACUGAACAUCUCGUUCACGCUUGAUGUGGAUCCGACGAGACAAAUAUUCCGAGGUUUCUUCAGUCAAACUGACAAGAAAGCUAGAAAUGUGACCACGACCGCCGAGCUGAGAGAUAAAAACACCUGCUUCAGCUACAACAUCUACAUGGCAGAAUGUGUGAAAGACACAUUAACACCCAUCAGAAUCAAGUUAAACUUUUCCCAAGUAGACAGUGAAAGUGCGAGUGGCGUCCUGAAUGUGGACAGCGAAGUGCAGGAUGAUCUGGAGGUUCCCUUUGAAAAGCAUUGCAGACAAAAUGACAUCUGUAUUGCCGAACUUAAGGUGGAUUUCAACUUCACGACUCCAACAUUAUUGGUGGCAGAGAACAACUACUUCAAUAUGUCUAUAAAACUGUCCAAUGACGGAGAUGACUCCUACUACACCACCCUGCUGAUGUAUUAUCCUCCAGGCCUCUCCUUCUCUAGAAUGGCUUCUAAACAGGAUAAGACCAAGCGACGAACGCUCCACAACUGUGUUGAUCUAGAAGGAGUCCUGGACAGAUCUGAAUGUGGGAUCAGCCACCCGGUGUUCCGCAGCAGAUCAGAUGCAUCUUUCAUAACUAAUUUCCGCAUCAGUAAUGAGUAUGAGUGGAAUGACACGAUGUCGAUGACCAUCAUUGGAAAAAGUGACAAUUCCAUCUCCACCCUGACCAACUCCAUGACCAAGAGCAUCCCAGUACAAUUUGAAAUUAAAAUGGCAGUUACACUGAUGGACGACCCGAUCACCUAUAUGAACUUCACAACAGAGGAUACUGGGAUGAAAGAAAUGGUUACUACAUAUAUGAUAAAUAAUCUUGGUUCAAAGGAUUUUCCCGUCAAUGUGUCCCUGUUCUUCCCAACUAAACUGGAACAUAACUUUGAGAUGACAAACUAUCAAGUCUUCGUCCAGCAGAACAAAACUCAAUGCAGAGGAGUUACUGACAUGAACUCUGAGUACUGCUCGCCAGAAAAAUACUGCAAAGUCAUCGUGUGUGACAGUUUCACCCUGGAGAGAUACACAACCGUAGAGUUGACUUUAUCAGGAGACGUUCACUUCAGGGACCUCAAACAGCAAGCAGCCAAUAUUGCCUUUCUUAAACGAUAUACUGGAGACGAUGGCGAGGUGAAAUUCAAAAGCUUUAUCCGUGUUCACUAUGACAAACAACGAUACGUUCUGGAUUCUUAUAAACAGCAGGAGAAGUCUGGAAAUGAUCCAACAGUGAAAUGGACUGACGUUCGGGUUGAGUUCAUUAUUCUCCCAGAUCAAAUGUUGAUCAUUUUAACUGGAGCUGGAAUGGGUUUCCUCCUUCUGAUCAUCAUCGCUGUCAUCUUGUGCAAGCUUGGUUUCUUUAAGAGGAAAACACUCGAGUAUUAUCAAGAACAAGAGGAUGAAGCUGCUCUUUUCCCUGCUAAGACGACCAACGGGGCGGUCAGCCAAUCAGAAGGAAAAUCACUUCUAGCUGAUGGUGAGGCGAGCCCCCCACCAUCUGAUCCAGAGGAUCCAGAGAAAUCAGAGUACGGCACUACAAACCCCUCAUCAUCUGCUGACGAUGGUGCAGAGUACGGUGAUGGAAACACCCCACCACCUAAACCAGAGGAUUCAGAGUACCAUGAAACCAUACAAUCUGCUGACGAUGGUGCAGAGUAGGGUAAUGGAGAGUACGGUAAUGGAAACACCGCAUCAUCUGAUCAAGUGAAUCCAGAGUACGGUCAUUUAUCUGAGUAUUCAGACCACCUUGGCCCCACCAUCUGAUCCAGAGGAUGCAAUACUGCAGUAUUAAUGUCACCCAAGACACUUGUAAACCACGUAUCCAUUUGCUUCAGAUAGUUUAUGUCUGCACAACCCCAGCGUCUAUUCGUUGAAAGGGAUCUUAGCUCAUGUUAUGCCCAGUCCAAUGCACCAAUUAAUGAUUUUUAUUCACUGCAACAAAGUGAUGACAAGAUCUACAAUACUUCAUUUAAUCCUGAUGUAUUUUUGUCUUUAAAUAAUAUAUCCACAAAUGAUGAUUUGUAUGCUCAUUGUCCAUCCUCAUGUGAGUAUUUUUCUGAAAUUAAUUUUAAUUCUUUUAUUUCAAAAUACAGUGAGUCCAUCAUCUUUUCUACUCUACAUCUAAAUAUAAGAAGUCUCUCUAAAAACUAUGACAAUUUCUAUCAUUAUCUUUCAUUAUUGAACCAUGUUUUCUCAAUUAUUGCAUUAACUGAAACAUGGCUUACAGAGGAUAUUAGCUGACUAUUUAAAAUAGCUGACUAUACAGUCACACAUAGAUGCAGAGGAGGUAGAGGUGGUGGAGUUUCUCUCUAUGUCCAAAAGGGUUUUGAUUUCAAACAAAGGGUAGAUCUUGAAGUGAAGUUUCAAGAAUGUAACAGUGAAGUUGUUUUUCUAGAGGUUCAAAUUGUUGUUCAGAAUCUGAAAAAAAGAGUGAUAGUAGGUUGUAUAUAUCGCCCUCCAAAUACUGAUAUCAACAAAUUCAAAGAAGGUUUAUUAGAUGUGUUAGAACAUGUUGAUCAUGAGAGGAAACCUUGUUAUUUACUAGGGGAUUUUAAUAUCAACCUUCUAAAUGAGGAAAUCAAACAUCACAUUUCUGACCUCACAAACAAACUGUCCUCCUAUUACUUUUAUCCUCUAAUUAACAAGCCCACAAGAAUAACCAGUAAAUCCUCUACAUUGAUAGAUAAUAUUUUUACGAAUGAAUUUUUUAAUGUUAUAAAAAUCUGGUAUUCUUUAUACGGAUAUCUCAGAUCAUAUGCCUGUUUUUCAACUUUCUGUUUUGCACGGUAAAUCAAGUAUGUCCGAACCAAAGACGUCUUUAUUUCGAAGGUUCAAUGACAAGAAUAUUAACAUUUCCAGAGAGAUGUUGGCAAAAUGAUCUUGGGAAGCUGUAUAUGAGGCGUUGAAUGUUAACACAGCUUAUGAUUAUUUUUUUACCAAGUUCUAUUCUGUUUUUGACCAAUGUUUUCCUCUGAUAAAUAACAGUAUCAAAAAAAACGCAAGCCUGAAUAAACCAUGGUUUACUACUGAACUUAGGAAAUCUGCUCUGAAGAAAAAUAAAUUAUAUAAAAAAUAUCUUCAAAGUCCUACUCCUUUAAAUUAUGCUAUGUACAAAUCAUUUAGGAAUAAAUACAACCAUCUUGUUAGAAAUACUAAACGGGAAUAUUAUAGUGACCAAUUUAACAGCUAUAAAAUAACAUUAAAUCUACAUGGGACACUCAAAAUGAGACACGCUUCUUCUCCGUCCCCGUCUGAAUUUCAGGAUGGCCAAGUAAAGAUAACGGAGCCAUCCCAAAUUGCAAAUCGAUUGAAUGACUCCUUUGUUAAUGUGGGACCACAUCUUGCAAAUAAUAUUGGCAGUGUUUUUGGUUCUCCCACUGAUUAUAUAAGUAAAGAGUAUGCUUCCCUAAAUGUAAAUGUUUUUGAGCCUGCAAAGUCUUCAGAAGUUCUUGAUAUUAUCAUGAGUCUUAAAAACUGAUGAAAUUCCAGCCUCUUUGAUCAAAAGUGUUUCUGCUUUAAUUAUUGAGCCCUUAACAUUCAUUUUUCCAUGUGAAUCAGGUACUAGAAUAGAAUAGAAUAGAAUAGAACUUUAUUGUCAUUACUAUCCCUCAAGCCUUCAAAAUGGCCAAAGUUAUUCCGCUCUUUAAAUCUGAUGAUCCAUCUGUAUUUUCGAACUAUCGUCCUAUAUCAAUACUUCCUUGUUUUUCUAAAAUUCUUUUUUAAGUGCAAACAACAAUAAAUAAAAAUAAAAAAAUAAAGAAAAUAAAUAAAUAAAUCUGCGCAAAAAAUGUGCUGAACUGCUUAAAUUCACACUACUCCAGAUUUUCUCCAGAAUAUAAUAAACAACUUUCCAUCAUGUGACGUUUAUAUCUACAGCUGGUAGACCUGCACUGCAUAAGUCAGCUCUUAAAAACAAGGAAAAAAGUAAGAAAAUUAGGUGUAUUUUGCUUGAAAAUAUCAAAAUUAUCUGCCAAUGGAACAAUAAAAUGUGUCUUGUCAAAACUUUCCAAAACCAGUAAAAUAUCUAAUCUAAUGAACCACAAAUACCUUAGAAUUAGUGUAUUCUGACUGAUAACAAGUGACUUUUUAUUGAUUCUAAUUAAAUACACGUGACCUAUUUUCUCAAUAUGUGUAAAAAUAUUGUUGAAUUAAUAAUCAGUAAAUGCUAGAGCCAUCAUCUGGACAUAAUGAUAUGAUAGGCAUUAUAUUUAUAGAAACCAGCAAAGUCACUAAAAACUAGUCAACUUUUCUUCACACAGACACAAAGAUUUUUAUCUGGAUGUAGAAUAUUUUUAUUAAAAUUCUUGAAAUAAGACAAAAGCCGUGAAAUCUUUAUAUCAAACAAGUGAAACAGUCUAAAAUAAAAACUGCUGACUAAGAAGAACUAAAAAUAAGCAUUUAUCUCCUUGAUCUGAGACAUUUAAUCUGACUUAGAGUUCAGGUUUUGCCGUGUAGACUUUUUUGUGAAAUCAGGACGAGGUGAAGUGUUUUUCUCUGAGCUUUGAUAUUUAAUUAUUAGGAAUGUUUGUUUAGUUGAGUUUUUUGGCCUCGUCAUGUUUUACUGGAUAGUGAGAGAGGAAAAGGAAGCAGACCUGCAGCAAAGGGACCUCGGGCUGAUAUGAACCACCCAACGCCCGUUAGGAAUGUUUUUAAAGGAAAAGUUGCCCUACAGGCCCUCGGGAGCAACAUUCUCCAUCAACAUUGCUUUAGUUGCUGCUAGUGUUUCAGCCAGCUUCAACUUCAACAUCACUGGAUGUGUUGUUGGUUGAAAUCCAGCCAAGGUUCACAUCCUGCUACUCUUAUUCAUUACUGUUAUUAAUAUGUGUCUUAUUUACAUCUUAAUGCUGUUUGUAUACAAGCAUGGUGUUUACUGAGUGAAUGGGAGUUCUGUUUACUAUAUUUUUUUAUUAUAUUAGCCUUUAGUUGUCUGCUUGUCAAAACUUUUAUCAUCAUAAUUUGAAUGAAUGCGGUAUAUUUCAUGCAUUGUUUAUUCCAUAUUUGUUAGCCACUGCUGCUCUUUUAAGUGAUUAGAGCUAGCAUGGAGCUAGCAUGGAGCUAGCAUGGAGCUAGCUUGGAGCUAGCAUGGAGCUAGCAUGGAGCUAGCUCUGUCAGUAACAGCACUGACUGGAGCACCAUGAUGGAUUUUAGAGAGAAGCAAAGAGAGCGAUGAGGUCAAAGUGACUCAGCAGAUAAAACAGGUUGAAAAUAUCAAAGAAUAAAAUGAUUUAUCACCUGGUGAACGAGACAAAAAGAAUUCAGAUUUACUGAAAACUCAAAGGUUUUAUCAUAAACAACUGAAAUAAAACCUUUCAACUCUUCCUGUAAAUGGGGAAAGUCUUCCUUCACUGUUUUAACCAUUAAAAAGGAAAAUCAGCAUGAAUCCAGUUUACCUUCAGUAGUUAGUAUGAUGUGUUGUAGACACAAUUCAUCUAAUUUAAUCUGUUUAGAGAAAUUAAUAACUGAGCUGUUGCAUGUUCUCCUUUUCUUUUCUUCUUUUUCUUCUCUCAUUGUAUAUUUCUUUUUUUUUUUAAAUCUUAUUUUUUAGUGUUUUUGUUGACUUUUACAUGUUUGAAAUAAAAUUCUCAAUCAAUAAAAUGAUGAAUAGGUUAAUUCAGUUUCAGUAACAAUAAAACACUGUAAAUGUUUAUAUCAGCCAAAACAGGAUUUUUUUACUUUUUUAAUUACUCUGGCACUGUGUUUUCAACAAAAUAUACUGUAAUAUAUAUACAAGCAUCAUUUUUGCAUUUAUUUUUUGUAAAAAUACUUUUUCUCCCUUUAAUUUAUGCAGCAUUUAUAAAGUAUUUUCUUGUCAAUUAUAUGGCAGAACAGCGUUUAUUUUGAUGGAAAAACUUUUUAUUUUUUAAAGUAAAAUAUGGAAUAAAAUGUCAAUCUGAAAGGUGAGAUCAACAGUGUUAAUAUCAUUUUACCGUAAUAUUAUAAAAAGUUGCACCGUAUUUAUUACGGUAAAGUUCUGCUGGUUUUUACUGGUUUUUAUUUUUACAUUUUGUGCUGCACUUAGAAUAUUUAAGCCUCUCUUCAUUCUGAAAUUCUUCCACUUUGCCUACUUGAACUGUUUAUUCGUGUCAGUGUUACUAUGGUUACGCUUGGUAAAAAAAAAAUAAUAUAAUUGUAACAUAGGUGGAUUAUUAAAUCAGUUACUUUAUGAUAUUUUACAUAUUGUACAGCUGUAGAUAUUGCUAUUUUGUUUUUAUUAUUGAAAAUGUUCUUGUUGGAGAAAUGUUAUUCGUGCAUUGAUUUUGUAAUUUGUUUUAAGAUUUCUUGCAAUAAAAACCACAUGUCAACUUGAGAACUUGAA